AUGCCACCUCGUCGCGCCAAAUCGCAUUCGGUGUCGAGCGACACCCCACCAACCCCCAGAUCUCCUCCGCCGCCGCCCAAGUUCCCUACACCUGUCAAGACACCAUCACGACGGUCGCCGCCAUCAUCGCCGGUGACAGCUACCUACAAUGCCAUUGUGGAGCCUGUGCGCAAGUCUCAGGUUGGCGCGGCGCUGCGUUUCCCUCUGGUCGUCAUAUUGAGCUUCUUUCUGAGCUCUGUUUUGUUUUCCAUUGUCGCCGAGAUCACUGCGGGAGAUCUGGCCGCAAUCUCCAAACAUACCGAAUCGUGGGUCGAGAUCACCGGACUUCUGGCAUGGAAGGUCGUUCAGUUAGCGGUCUGCUGGUUCGAGGGCUUUGACGCAUAUGAUACCAUCGCCCUCACGCUGCUGAUGGCCACUCCUCAUAGUCUACUCUUGUCGCUGUUCUACUCCAUCAGGCCCACUACGAUCGUCUUCACCACUAUCGCAAACAUCAUCUCCAUUACCGCUCCCUUCCUGCUGAUGCGCCGAGUCUCGCCCACACACGCGCCGCACUCGGCUCCCAAGGGGACGGUGCGGAAUCGUUCGAUUCUCAGCGAUCCAUGGACUACGAUUGCCACUUCUCUGCUGGCUACGGCUAUCUUUGCCGUCUUGCUUGAAUUGAGCUUUGCCACUUUCCUCCCUGUUCAUCUCAUCACUCACUUCACUGGUAUCAGAGAUCUCACCGUGACUCAUCUUGGUGCUGCUGGACUGCCAUCUUUACUAUUGGCGCUCAUACCUGCGGGUUAUGCUGCUCGAGAAUUUCUGUUCGUAUCCUCAACUGGUGUGCCACCCUCAGCAGGGGAGUACACAUUCGAUCCCGCUACUGCCGAUCUGCGCCAACAUGUCUAUCACAACACAUGGGGUUGGUACUCGUCAAGACAGAAGGAGCUGAUCAGCCGGACUGCUCUACUUGGUAUCAUGGUUGUAGGCGAAACCAUCAUUCAGACUUGGGGCACCAUCAAGGGCGUGGAGUUCUGGGGAGCGACAUGGUAUGCGGCCAUAUGGAAUAUUGGAGUGGCAGUUGUAGGAGCUGUCUUCGACUGGGUAGGUGAACCCAGCGGCUGA